GGAGAGCAGCGGCGGCAUGGCGGGCGGGGCCCGCGAGGUGCUCACACUGCAGUUAGGACAUUUCGCAGGUUUCGUAGGGGCACACUGGUGGAACCAGCAGGUCAGGGCCCUAGCGGCAGCCCGGCGCUCCUGGUGGAAGGUACAGCCCCUGCCCCUCUUUCCCCUCAGCUCAGUCUUCUGCAACUUGCAGGAUGCUGCGCUGGGACACGCCACCGAGGGCCAAGAGUCGCCCGGCGAGCUGUGCCCCGACGUCCUGUACCGAACCGGCCGGACGCUGCAUGGCCAGGAAACGUAUACGCCACGACUCAUCCUCAUGGACCUGAAAGGCAGUCUGAACUCCCUGAAGGAAGAAGGCGGCCUCUACAAGGACCGACAGCUAGAGGCUGCAGUGGCAUGGCAAGGGAAGCUCACCACACACAGAGAAGAAGCCUACCCAAAGAACCCUAACCUCCAGGACCUUCUGAGUGCAGAGGGAGUGCUGGGUAGUGACAGUGUCUGGAGGGCCAAAGCUAUCCAGAAUGGCAAAGGUCCCCCACCAGUCAUCCCCGCUACAAACCCAAAACCAUGCAUCCCCACAGAGAACAGCGUCAGAGUCUGGUCAGACUUCCUCGGAGUCCAUCUCCAUCCUCGGAGCAUCUGUGUGAUUCAGAAGUACAACCAUGAUGGUGAAACAGGUCGCCUGGAGGCUUUUGGCCAAGGGGAGAGUGUUCUGAAAGAACCCAGGUACCUGGAAGAGCUGGAGGACAGACUGCACUUCUAUGUGGAAGAAUGUGACUACUUGCAGGGCUUCCAGAUCCUGUGUGACCUGCACGAUGGCUUUUCCGGUGUUGGUGCUAAGACUGCAGAAUUGCUACAGGACGAGUACUCAGGGCGGGGAGUAGUGACAUGGGGGCUGCUGCCUGGUCCCUAUAGUCUUGGGGAGCCCCAGAAAAAUAUCUAUCGUCUCCUAAACACAGCAUUUGGCUUGGUGCACCUGACUGGGUACAGCUCUUUCGUCUGCCCAUUAUCACUGGGCGGGAAUCUGGGCCUGCGACCCAAGCCACCUGUCAACUUUCCGUACCUGCGUUAUGAUGCCACUCUGCCCUUCCACUGUAGCGCCAUCCUGGCCACGGUCCUGGACACAGUCACUGUUCCCUAUCGCCUGCAUUCCUCCAUGGUUCCCAUGGCUCAUUUGGCUGAUGCGCUAAGUUUCUCUGGGAAAAAGGUGGUGACAGCAGAAGCAGCCAUCCCCUUCCCACUGGCCCCAGGCCAGUCACUUCCGGACAUCCUGAUGCAGCUUGGACUAGCCAGCCCGUGGACCCCACUGUCUGCAUGUGGGGAUUCUGCUGGGCACCGGUGCUUUGCCCAGUCAGUGGUGCUCAGGGGCAUAGACAGGGCAAGCCACACCAGUAAACUCAAGCCAGGAACACCUCUGCCCUCCACUCUGCACGCUUGUGCCUCUGGAGAAGAAGUCCUCGCCGAGUAUUUACAGCAGCAGCAUCCUAGAGUCUUGAGUUCCUCACAUCUACUGCUGACUCCCUGCAAGGUGGCUCCUCCUUACCCACACCUCUUCUCAAGCUUCAGUCAGAAGGGGACAGCCCUGGCCCUGGACAGUGUCCCCAAGAGCGCAGCAGUGCAGAGCAUCCCUGUGUUUGGGGCCCUGCGUUCAUCUUCAUCAUUGCACGGAACUCUGAGAGACUUGGCUGAUGAGCUCUCCAGACUUGACCUGCGGCGCUGGGCGAGCUUCAUGGAUGCUGGGGUGGAGCAAGAUGACAUGGAGGAGCUGCUGCAGGAACUAUACAGCCUGGCCCAGUGUUACCAGGAGGGUGACAGCCUUUCAAACUGAAGUUCCAGGGAAGGGAAUUGGGGGAGAUAAUUUAUAAUAAAAGCUGCCAGGUGCAGGAACCCAGUGUACAGGGACCUGUUAACAUAACAUACACAUGUAUACAUUUAAAAACACGGAGAUCACCAGACAAGACAGCCCUAUUUUCCCUCAAGGCUAUGUACAGAUUGGAU